ACACAAGACACACACAAAGCAAUGAGUUAUCCUCGGCAAAAGAUAGGAAACAGAGCACUCUCCUCUGUUUCCACACUUCUCCUAAGUAUUCUCUUCUUCGUCUCCACCCCAUCGAACGCCCAAUCUUCUUCUCCGGAUUUCGCAUGUGACAUCACCAGAAACCCUUCACUAGCAGGGUUCGGAUUCUGCAACACAGGUUUGAAUGCCGAAGCCCGAGUCGCCGAUCUUGUAAGAAGAUUAACUCUGGAGGAGAAAAUCGGGUUUCUUGUGAGCAAAGCUACCGGCGUGAGCCGCCUUGGGAUUCCAGAUUAUAACUGGUGGUCGGAGGCACUUCACGGAGUGUCUGACGUCGGAGGUGGUUCUAGUUUCGCCGGUCCAGUCCCUGGCGCAACUAGCUUCCCUCAAGUCAUUCUCACCGCUGCUUCCUUCAACGUAUCUCUCUUCCAAGCCAUUGGCAAGGUUGUGUCGACGGAGGCGAGGGCAAUGUACAACGUUGGAGCAGCUGGAUUAACAUUUUGGUCGCCGAAUGUGAACAUAUUCCGUGACCCGAGAUGGGGAAGAGGACAAGAGACCCCCGGCGAGGACCCGACGCUCACAAGCAAAUACGCGGUGGCUUAUGUAAAAGGUCUUCAGGGUACUGACGGUGGAGAUCCCAACCGUCUAAAAGUUGCCGCUUGCUGCAAACACUACACGGCCUAUGAUGUUGAUAACUGGAAAGGCGUCCAUCGUUACACUUUCAACUCCGUGGUGAACCAACAAGAUAUGGAUGAUACGUUUCAACCACCGUUUAAGAGCUGUGUGGUUGAUGGGAAUGUGGCUAGUGUCAUGUGUUCUUACAACCAAGUUAACGGUAAACCAACAUGCGCUGAUCCUGACCUGCUUUCUGGUGUGAUCCGUGGUCAAUGGAAGUUAAAUGGGUACAUUGUUUCCGACUGUGAUUCAGUAGAAGUGAUUUAUGCGAGCCAACACUAUACCAAGACUCCAGAGGAAGCUGUGGCAAAAUCUAUGUUGGCAGGUUUAGAUUUGAAUUGCGAUCAUUUCACGGGUCAACACGCACUAGGCGCGGUCAAGGCAGGUUUGGUAAACGAAACAGAUGUUGACACUGCGAUUUCAAACAACUUCGCGACUCUGAUGCGUCUAGGAUUCUUCAAUGGUGACCCCAAGAAGCAGCCCUACGGUAAUCUUGGUCCUCAGGACGUUUGUUCUGCUGAGAACCAAGAACUCGCUAGAGAAGCCGCAAGACAAGGCAUUGUCUUGCUCAAGAACUCUAUUGGUUCGCUUCCGUUCUCACCUUCUGCGAUCAAAACUCUAGCAGUUAUCGGACCAAACGCUAAUGUCACCGAUACAAUGAUCGGAAACUACCACGGCGUACCGUGCAAGUACACAACACCACUUCAAGGACUAGUGGAAGAAACAGUGUCGGCGACGUAUCAGAUGGGCUGUCCUAACGUGGCGUGCACAGAGGCGGAUAUAGAUUCAGCAACUUCUCUAGCAGCUUCAGCUGACGCGGUCGUGCUAGUUAUGGGAACAGAUCUAUCCAUCGAGAGAGAGGACCAUGACAGAGUCGACUUGUUCCUCCCCGGAAAACAGCAACAGCUUAUAACUGAAGUGGCUAAGGCUGCGAAGGGACCGGUGGUGCUAGUCAUCAUGUCUGGUGGAGGAUUAGACGUUACUUUCGCCAAAAAUGAUCCGAAGAUCACAAGCAUCAUGUGGGUCGGGUUUCCUGGUCAAGCCGGUGGUCUCGCCAUUGCUGAUGUCAUCUUCGGUCGUCAUAACCCGAGCGGAAAGUUGCCAAUGACGUGGUAUCCUCAGUCGUACGUGGAGAACCUUCCCAUGUCGAACAUGAACAUGAGACCCGACAACUCAACCGGGUACCCGGGUCGAACUUACCGAUUCUACAGCGGAGAAACGGUGUACGCCUUCGGAGAAGGAAUGAGCUACACUCACUUUAACCACCGGCUAAUCAAAGCCCCAAGACUCGUCUCCCUCGAUCUAGACAAGAGCCACUCUUGCCGAACUUCAAAAUGCCAAUCAGUGGACGCGAUCGGACCUUACUGUGGGAAGACUGUCGAAGUCCAGCUAAGAGUAAGGAACGCCGGAGAGAGAGAAGGGAGCGACACGGUGUUUCUGUUCACGACGCCGCCUGCUGUGCACAGGUCGCCGGUAAAGCAUCUGGUAGCGUUCGAGAAGGUACGUCUUGAGAAGAAGGAAAAGGCGGUAGUUGGGUUUACGGUGGAUGUGUGUAAAGAUCUGAGUGUAGUUGAUGAAACGGGAAAGAGGAAGAUAGCUCUAGGGGUGCAUGUUCUUCAUGUCGGAAGCUUGAAGUACUCCUUGAAUGUUAGGAUCUGAUGUGAAUGUAAAUUUGUUUUAAUAUUUGUGUUCAAUGUUAAAAUUCAUUGAAACAAAAAGUUGUAAACUUUGAUUGUUUCUUCUUUUUAACCGGAC